AUGAGCGCUGAAGAGUAUAAAAGUCAAGGGAAUAAAUCAUUUGCCGCUAAGGAUUACGACAAGGCAAUAGAAUUAUUUACUAAAGCCAUAGAGUUAGACCCCUCAAAUCACGUACUUUACUCGAAUAGGUCUGCCUCUUAUGCGUCAUUAAAGAAAUAUGAUAAAGCUUUAGAAGACGCAAAUAAGACUGUAGAAUUAAAAAAGGAUUGGGCAAAGGGAUAUAGUAGAAAGGGUGCAGCACUUCAUGGCCUUGGGAAAUAUGAGGAGGCCCGCGAGAUUUAUCAAGAAGGUCUUAGAUACGAACCAAAUAAUGCUCAACUCAAAAAGGCACUUGAGGAGGUUGAGUCGGGUCCACCUACUAAAAUAUUUCCCGAUGAUGUAUUGGUGAAAAUCGCGUUAAACCCACAAUUGAGACCAUACCUUGAUCAACCUGAUUUCGUUGAGAAGAUUCAGGCGAUACAAAAUGAUUCUAAACAACUUAACACUCAUUUACAGGAUCCCCGUAUAAGGGAUGUAUUUAUGUUCAUACUGACUGGUGCAACGAAUCCUUCAAGUGGCUCACGAGAAUCACCGGAACCUGAAGAGCCUACGCCAAAAAAACCAGAUCCUGAACCGCAGGCACGUGACAUUCCGGAAGUACCAGUGGAAAAAUCUGAAGAAGAGCUUAACAAAGAAGCUGCUAAUAAAGAAAAAGAACUUGGAAAUGCGGCUUAUAAAAAACGAGAAUUCGAAGAAGCACUAAAACAUUAUGAUAAAGCUUGGGAAUUAGAUAAUACUAAUGCAUCGAUUUUAACUAAUAAAGCUGCUGUAUUGUUUGAGCAAGAAAAAUAUGAAGAAUGUAUUAAAGUUUGUGAAGAAGCUAUCGACGUUGGUCGUGAAUAUCGCGUAGAUUUCAAAUUGAUUGCCCGUGCAUAUGGAAGAAUUGGAAAUGCAUAUAUUAAAUUAGAAAGAUUGGAUGAUGCUAUUAAAUACUAUCAAAAAUCAUUAACAGAACAUCGUACACCGGACACGUUAAAAAAAUUAAAUGAUGCACAAAAAUUAAAAGUUAAGAAAGAAAAAGAAGCUUAUUUUAAUCCUGGAUUAUCUGAUAAAGCUCGUGAAGAAGGAAAUGAAUUAUUUAAAAAAAAUGACUUUGUUAAAGCUGUUACAAGCUAUACUGAAGCUAUCAAACGUAAUGAAAAAGAUCCAAAAGCUUAUAGUAAUCGUGCCGCUUGUUAUACUAAAUUAAUGGCUUAUCCUGAAGCAUUGAAAGAUUGUGAAACUUGUAUUAGUCUUGAUCCUUCUUUUGUUAAAGCAUAUAUUCGUAAAGCUGCCGUUGAAUUCUUAAAGAAAGAAUAUACAAAAUGUUUAGAAACUUGUGAAAUAGCUUUAAAACAUGAUGAGGAUGGUCAGCAUGCUGUAGAAAUCAAUAAACAAAUGGCAAAAUGUCGUGAAGCUAUAUGGCAAAGUAAUUCUAGUGGUUCUCAAGAAAGUACUGAAGAAGCUUUAAAAAAGGCUGCUAGUGACCCUGAGAUCAUGAGAAUUCUUCAAGAUCCCGUUAUGCAACAAAUUCUUAAACAAAGUCAAGAUGAUCCUCGUGCUCUUAAAGAGCAUUUGAAGAAUCCUAUCGUGGCAGCAAACAUUCAAAAGUUAAUAAAUGCAGGAGUUUUGAGAACUAAUUAA